AUGCGCUUCCAGCUGUUCUCUCUCCUGUCUAUUGUCGCUAUCCUGGGCAUGGCCUCUGCAGCUCCCACCGCGGCGCCCGACGUGGAAGAGCGCAACUUUGGCGGCGGAGGAGGGCCCGCUGGACCUGACUGGCGCGUAAGUGAUUCCUCGAGAAGUUCCUAUGCACAUAAUGACAUAGCUCUCAUCCACAGCGCCAAACCGGAGGGCCCGGUGCACCUGACUGGCGCCGCCAAACCGGAGGGCCCGGUGCACCUGACUGGCGCGUAA